AUCGGCGCCGCGCGUUCGCAAGACGUGUGUCGCGCUCCCGUUUCCAAAUUACGAACGCUUUUGAUCGCGCACCUUGCGUGCUCUCGGCGCGGACUAGCAGUUUUGUGUUAGGACGUUACUGUUUUGUUUUGUGAUUGUUGUUUUGAGUGAUUUUUUCUUAUUAUUAUUAUUUUGUUUUUAACAUCAAGUGACUGGACAGAUGAAAGUUUAAAAUGUUUGUGGGGGAAUAAUGCCAAAGAGUCUAUGUGAUCGGACAUACGAACGUGUUUAUCUGCACUAGUUUUUUUUUGUUGUUUUUAAAUUUUUAUUUUUGUUUUUUUUUCUCCGUUUGUUUCCGUCGCAUGCAGACUUUUUCUGAUGUCACGAGCAGCGAGAGGAACAAUGAUAAUGCACCUGAAGAAACAUGUCAUCUAAACGAAAAUCACCUCCUUCGAAAUUGCAAGAAGGCGCAACCGAAGAGAAGCAACGCCAACCGGGCCCGGCAAACGACUUCGAAACGGAGUCGGACGACAACGACCACCAGAUCUACGACAAGUUCUCACCUACCUGCUCCACCAGGAGUUCUAUCAGCGAGGAGGAGCCCAACUUCGAGGACGAACGGCCCACCAAGAAGCAGCGCUUCGACCCUUUAGAGAUGACCAACAACCUUCUAGUCCCAUCGUCUUUCCUAAGCUUACACCAAGUAGACCUGCAGCCUCGGAGAAGGGGCUCCUCCGAAUGCAGUAGUCCCGGCGCUGAACCAAAAGUUUUGAGUCUAUGCAACAAUAACAAUUCAUUGCUGAAUCACAAUAGCGCGUUGUCGCUCGCUCCGCCGCACAAGCGGUCGAUGGAUGACGUCCUAAAAAGGUUAACGUCAAAAAUGAACAAUAGUACUAUCAAAGAAGAGAAGAGGCCAACUCCAUCUACCACACCAGUUAACAAACAGAACAUGGACCGGAGAGGGGUGCUUGACACGGCGGCUCUCCAAGCCCUGGCCGGAGAGAGUGUGCUGGAGAAGGAAAGGCAGCUGUCAGAGAUGAUACUGCAGCUGCAGAUGGUGAGGGAACAGCUUCUAGCUCAGCAGGAACACGCCAAGAACAUGGGAAACGUGACGGCGGAACUGGAGAUCCAGAGACUGCAGCAGGAACAGCUCCGGAGACAAGAGAUGGUGCGGCGCGGACAGCACGGCCUCUACCCUGGACCGCCACUCGCGCUACUUCCACUGCUGGAACAGAUGCGGCCGCAGCAACCACCUCCAAACGUCUCAUCCUCCUGGCCGGCUACCGCACAGCUGGCGCAGCUCACGGCCAGCGCGCGUUCGCCGCCCCCUCAGGACCCCGACGCGCCGCUCAACCUCAGCAAGCAGCGAUCGCCGUCGCCCGCGCAGCCUUCGAUGAUGCUGCCGCGUUUCGUACCAUACCCGCCUAUUGAAGAGAGCCCGCAGUACAGCAUCGCGAAGGAGGACGAGUACAACGCAGCUGUUAAUACGUCAUCAUGGAGUCAGUCGCCCCAAGAGGAAGUAGACAAAGCCAAGCUGGUGCGCCAACCACGCCGUGACGACGCCGGGAAGCCUCACAUAAAAAGACCCAUGAACGCGUUCAUGGUGUGGGCCAAAGACGAGCGCAGGAAGAUCCUGAAGGCCUGUCCCGACAUGCACAACUCCAACAUAUCCAAGAUCCUGGGAGCGAGGUGGAAGGCUAUGUCCAAUGCUGAGAAACAACCGUAUUACGAGGAACAAUCGAGGCUCUCCAAAUUGCAUAUGGAGAAACACCCUGAUUAUAGGUACCGACCUCGACCUAAAAGGACUUGCAUAGUAGACGGCAAAAAGAUGCGGAUAUCGGAGUACAAGAACCUGAUGCGCUCGCGUAGACAGGAGAUGCGGCAGCUCUGGUGCCGGGACGGGGGGAGCGAGCUGGGCUUUCUUCCCUCUCUCUCGUCGCCGGGGCCGUCGAACUCUUCCCCCCCACCUAACGGCGGUUACAUGAACCCCUCAUUCUCUCCGCCGCUGUCACCGCGGGAGGACGAUUGAGGGUCGGCGCGCGGCUGGCCGUACCCGCACGCCGCGCCCCUAUCCCUACCCCCUUCACACCAACCCUGGUAAGCUCUGGAAAAUUCUCGGACUCAGCUACGUAAACUCAUGAUUUCCAAGUUCUGAAGCCUGGAAAUAACUACGAAAAUUAAUGAUUUCUGGUGUCAUUUUGAGGACAGCACCAAUAAACGACAGACCAGCUCUGGAACCUAGAUAUAGCUACGUAAACUCAUGAUUUCUGACGAGAUUUCGUAGACAGCAUGUAAGAUCUGGUACCUGGAUAAGAUACGCAAAUUCAUGAUUUCUAAAAUCAUUUCAUCGACUACAUCAAUACGUGAUUAAGAAAUAGGUACCGACACUGUGAGAACUUAGAAAUUCAUGGUUUCUGACGUCACUGCGUCAACGGCAUCAUCAAUAUCUGAUGGAAACGAGAUAACCGGCACUUUGAAAACAUACUUUACCAAUACGAUAUGAGAAUACGACAUGCCGUUAAUUUGGGAUACAUGCCAAUGGUUAAUAUGUUCAAGAAUGUGAUGAAGAUUUGUUACGUAACUAGACAUUUUCAGUGACGAGAGUUUAUGUUGUGACGUUUUUGUAACAUGUCAUAUUAAAGCGGGAGAUUUCGUUGUAACGAAUUUGUAACGUGUCAUUUGUAUAAAAGUUGUUUAAACGUUAUCCUAACUGUGCGAACAGUCAUAUCAAACAAAGCCACAUGUUAAGGUUAUUAAUGUGUAAAGGUAGUAAAUAUUAGAUCUGUCACUAUUUAAAAAUGGCGGAGAUAAUUUUGGUGUACCUAAUAAUGUGUUUUUUGUAUAAUUUCAAUGCCAGUGUCGAAAUUGGAUCUCUCAUUUGUAAUACCAGCAUUGUGUAUUAUGAGAUUAUUCCAUUAGUGAUAAUUAUUAAGAAAAUCUUAAGGCUGGGCAGUUUUAUCAUCUGUAGGUAUGCUAUUUGAGUACUAUUGUUACGGUGGUGUAAACGCCAAAUUCUAGUGAAAUUAUUGUGUAAAUUGUAUUAGGAAUAACAAAUAGGCAGUAACUUAUUUGUAACACUGAUUUAAAUUUAUUAGUCUUUUUUACAUUAAAACAGAAACAGGUAAAAUAAUGCAAGUAAAAAGAAGAUCCAAAGCUAUGGCUUUUCAAUUAUGAAUAAUGUAAGUAAAUACUACAUUACUACUUAAAAAAAGGAGAAAUUCUAAAUAAAAUUCAUAUUAACAGCAAUAAAAACAUCCUUAUUGUUGCAAUAAAUAACGAGUAGAAACUACAACGGAAUAUAUAUAAUUAUUUCGUUUAAAUAGAAAAAAAGGUUCAUAUCUGUCUUAUUAUUAAGAAAUCUGUACAUAAUUAACUGAUUAUCUUUUAUUAAUACACGAUUUGUUUAGUUACUUCAAAUAUCACAUGUGGACAUUGUAAGUGUCAAUAAUUUAUAUAAUUUAACCAACAAUUAGGGCGAAAACUGUGUAAAUAGUUGUCUAAUGGAAUAUUUAAAAGUUAGUUAACCCAAUUUAUGGACUUUAGAGACUCUGUAAAUAAGUACAAUUCCCAUUGUAGAUAGAUCUGUGCGUCAUUACAUUUGACUUAAUAUAGGGCACUUAGUUUUAGAGUAAGGUCAGUUAAUGGUUGAUAAAUGAUCAUGAAUAUUGUGUGGCCAUGUAUAAAUAUAAUAAUUAGCAAGAGAUAUAAAACUAAUCGUUGUAACAGUUUAGAUGUUGUGGUAGGUACUAAGCAAUUUUUAAUAUGUAUCAAACCAAAAAAAUCGAAGCGGAAGGCUUGAAAAUUUUCUUUUUUAUAUUAUAUUAUAUAUAUGAAGUGUUUUGAACACGAACUCUUGAAAUCCAGUGAGAUGUAUUAAUGCAUAAUGAUUUUAAUGGAAAAAUAAUACUCAUAGUUAUAGAUCUGUUUCGGAGUAAGUUAAAACCAUCAAUGUUCGAAUGAAUGAGUAGUAGAAAUUUGGUGAUGUAUGUACUGGAUGUACAGAAAGACACUAGAAUAUUUGACACUACAGUUGAUUUCGCACCCAAUUUUUUGAAGAUAAAGUAAAAAUUUUAUGAACAUAGUAGACCUGUGAACUUUUAAAGGCAAUACUGAAAUUUACUUUUCUGUUAUAUCUCUUAAAAAAAAUAAAAAUGUUGGCAGCACUUCUGGGAUGCCAUAUUCUUUACACAGUUGUAUUCAUAAAUAUAUGUCAAAUGCUUAUUUCUCCAAAUAUAAUUUUAAAAAAAACUAAUUACUACGAGUAGUUAGUACCUACUUACAAAAACGUAUGCCCAGAAUCGCUAUCUACUUGCCAUAUGCCAGUACAAAAAGGCAUUUUUUAAACUACCGAUGGUAAAAAAUUUGGUCAAUUCAUAUAUUGUCAAUUCUUUUAUUUUUAUAAAGAGAUUCAUUGAUACUUGAUUAUAUACCCACCGAAAUUUAUGUGGGGUAAAAAGCAAAUGGGGCGCAAAUGUAACAGACUUAUGUAACAGUUUAGUUUCAUAAAUACAAUUCUGGUUACAAUGGCGCCAACACUGUCUACAAAACUAUUCUUGUCGCAAACUAAACUUAUAAAAGAUUAAUAUUCGCUUUAUGAAAUCGUGCAAUUUAUUAUGGUAGAUUUAUAGAUUGUAAGCUGUAGUAUGUAUAAGUGUAAUGAUAUCUACUAUUAUCAUAGCGAAACUUGUAAAGUUCAUUGUAAAAUCCACUAGAGUUUGAAGUCGUUAAAUGCCAUUUUCUUUUUAAUUACUUUUAUAAUGGUUUUGUUAUUUAUUUUUCUAAUCAUUAUUGAUUAAACCCCUUGUUUCCGAUUCUCGGUUCUCUUUUCUCAUGUUUUAAGAUUGUAUUGCCAGUAAUAAAAUGAUGCGUAGUGUUAAUAAGUAAAAUAUUAUGUGCACGUGAAAAAAGUAAUUAAAAAAUCUAUAAUAUAAUAUUAAUUAUUGUCAUUAAGUAGCGCGUAUUUCUUAGUAAAUGUGUAAGAAUUUAGACAGUGACGUUAAAUUAUUUAUUUUUUAUGUUGAAUUUUCCUGUAAAUAUGCGAUAUUUUUGGUGUAAAAGUUAGUUGUGGUUAUUUAAUGAUAUGAUCGACACAAAGUUAAUAGUUCUCAGUACAUUAUGUUAUAUAGAUCUCGAUCAACAACUUAUAAAUAUUAUAUUAUUUUUUUCCUGUACACUGUUCUAAUUUAUUUAAGUAUGAUUUUUUCGAAGAAACUUGCCAUAACUUACUUUUUGCUGGGUGUAAGUAAGUACUUAGAAGAUAUCACUUAUGUACUUAAAAAUGUGAACUUGUUAUGUUUUUUUGGGUUAACAAUCGUAUGACUUGAAGAUUACAUCCGUAUAACUUAGCAUUCGGUUCCCAAUCAAAUGUUGUAUUGUAGAUAGAUUUAGGUUUUUAAUACCUAGUGUAAAACAGGUCACAUUAUUUAAAAAUUGUGCCAAAACCCAAAAGUAUAUUAAAAAUACAUAUAAAAAUAUUCUGUUUGUUUGAUUUUGUAUGGCAACACCAAAAACCCAGUACAUUAUAGUACUAAAAUGCACGCCGGAUAUAAAC